AUGGUCCAUUUAGAGAAGGUUUAUUUAGCAAAUGUACUUAUCUUUGUUGACUCAUUAGAAACAGUUUAUAAAUUAAUGAUGGUUAAUUCUAAAUGUUGUGAUGCUGUAGAAAUAUUAAGAAUAAAUCCAUUGUUUUCAAUUAAACCACUAAUAGGACCAAAAGACUUCAUUUAUUUUGAGAAGGAAUUUCAAAGGGAAUUAAAUUUAUUUCCAAACAUCGAAACAUUACAACUCCCACGUAAAUUGUUAAAGUCACAUUUUCCUAUUCCUCAAGGAGUUAAACGUAUUAUUUUAGUUCAACCAAUUUCAUCUGAUAGUGAAAUAGAAGCUAUUGAAAUAAUAAAAGAUAAAGUUGUUGAACUUACUAUUCGUAGUAUAAAUAACCCAAUUGACUUAAGUGAAUUUAAACAAUUAAGGUGUGUUAGAUUAUUCCUUCAAAAACAAGGUAAAGUUAGUGAUUUUUUUAAAAAUAAACAAAAGAGAGUCGACUUUGUUCAUAUUACAAUGUUAUCAACGAUAGAUUUUGAUUUUCUUCAGAACUCAAAUAAAUACAACUUUGGUAAAAUAGUUGUUCAUUUAUUUAACAAAGAAUAUUUAGUUAAAGUUAUUCAAAUACCAAAAGUAUUUGAUCGUGUUACAGUAUGUUUUAAUUAUUGGUAUAGUGGGAUAGAUUCAAGAAUUAUUGUAUUACAUAUUGGAGAUUCACGUAUUGGAGUAUUGGUUAAUAACAAAGUUGAUCAAUUCUUCAUCAAUCAAUACUAUCCUUCUAAAAUUAACAUUAUUGAUGGAGAUUUAACUAACACAAACCAAUUUGUUAUGGACUUUUCACAAUGUAGUUCAGUUAUAUCCUUACACUCUACUGCUGAGUGUUAUUUUAUUCCACCAACAGGACUUCUUUCUUUAAAAUCCCAACAAAUAUUCCCACAAUUAAUCCAUCUAAAAAGAUUACAUUUGUACUCAUUUUCAAGUGAUAUUUUAUUACCAACAACAAUAACUAAACUUGUGUUAAAUAAGACUAAUGGUAAAGUUAAAAAUUUUAGUCUUUGUAAAGUAAAACGAUUUGGUGGUAAAUAUUGUGAAGUAGAUGGUAUUUAUGAUUGUACAACAUUAACUUAUUUAAGAUUACAAGGAACGACAUUUACACAAACACUUACUCGACUAACUCAAUUACAUGAAAUGUCUAUCAAGUGUAUUGGAAUAACCCCAUCAUUAGAUAAUUUUUAUCCAUCAUCUCUUCAAACAUUAAAAUGUACAAUUAAACAUGUACCAAAAUUUUGUGGUGUUUCUUCUUUAACCAUAAGAUCUUUUAUUUCAUCAGUAACAUCAUUAGAUCUUUCUUUAUAUUCAAAUCUUCAUUAUCUUAAUCUCAAACAACUUCCAUUUAACUCAAUCACUCUUCCUCUUAAUCUCCAGAUUCUUGAACUCUUUUCAGUAAUGCUUAAAGGAAGACUAGACCUUUCUCAAUAUUCAUCUAUUCUCUCUAUUUCAGUGUAUAAUACCAAUUCGUUAAAAUUUGAAUUAACUCUUCCACUUUCACUUCAAAAACUCUUUAUCUUCUCCUCUAAAUUUACAAUCCCUAAUCUCAAUGACAUUCCUUUGAAAGAAUGUUCAUUAAAUUAUUCUCCACUUUUUGAUAGUACAUCAAUCAAUCAAAAUGCUCGUAUUGUGAUUAUUAAUUGA